GGAGAGCUUUUAGACAAAAUUCUUAACCAAAAGUAUUUCAACGAACGCGAGGCGAGCGCUGUGUUGGAAGUGAUCGCCACUACCAUUAAGUUCUUACACGAAAACGGAGUAGUCCACCGCGACUUAAAGCCGGCGAACAUUCUGUACGCGGACACCACUGGUAACCCCUCAUCUAUACGUAUCUGUGAUUUUGGUUUUGCCAAACAAAUGCGUGCCGACAACGGAUUACUGAUGACCCCGUGUUAUACCGCCAACUUUGCCGCACCCGAAGUACUUAAGAAACAGGGCUACGACGAGGCCUGCGAUAUCUGGUCGAUGGGUGUCCUUCUGUACACAAUGUUGGCCGGUGUCACUCCAUUCGCAAACGGACCCAACGAUACGCCAAAUGAUAUCCUGUGCCGUAUCGGCGAAGGAAAGUUUGAUCUCUCGUCCGGCAAUUGGGUUAACGUUUCCAAUUCGGCGAAAAAUUUAGUGGAGCGUAUGCUUCAUAUCGACCCCAAACAGCGCUACAGAGCGGCCGACGUAUUGAAUCACGAAUGGAUUAAAUGCCGAAACCAAUUACCAGACACAGCGCUAACGCAUCAGGAAUUGAGUGUAAUUAAGGCCAAUAUGGGACUGGUAUUCGAGGCGAUCAAUAAGCCGACGUCCAUCAGCUUAGAUCCGGUCAAGACGUCAGACUUGGCCCGGCGUCGGGCGAACCGCAACUCUCGGUCACCAAAUAGUCAAUCCGAUGACAAUUGAUAGUUAUUUUGAAGUUUAGUUUCAAAAGGUUUCCUAAUUUGUAUAAAAAUAACACAAUUUCUUGUUGUCAUUCCUAUUGGUUUUUGUUAACCAUUUUAUUGUUUUCUUUUAACAAAUUUUAAAUUGAAAUUUUAUUUGUAAAAUCAGUUCAAAACAAAUGAUUCAAUCAAAUGAAUAUUUAUUUGUGUCCGAAUUGUUAACACAAAUCCAAAUGAUCUCUACAUAUAAUAUAAUGGAUUUACUUUUUAAUAUAAUCAAAGGAUUAAUCGCCAAAAUAUUUUAAAUAUUUUUUAUUUUAAACAAAAAACUAUUUUAACUGAUAUAUUGUAUUGUAUUUCCCGAUCAAAGUUAGCAUUUAUUAUAACAUUUUAUUUACAUAUAAUUUGAGUCAUUUUACGGUUAAUCUAAUAUUGUUUGCCAUUUAAACGUAUGCUUUAAAUACCUGUC